AUGGAUCCACAGACCAGAGAUGUCUCGUGGGCCACGAUCCCAACCGACCUUCUCCUGGCCGAACUGACCAGACGCAAAGACGAUGGCGACAAGACGAACCCCCAAUGCGGUUCCGGCAAGCGUGUUUCUUAUGAUCUCGCCCUACACAUUGGCGCCCUCGUCCUGAUCCUUCUCUUAGCACCAUCUGCAUGUGGGAAUUCCCCUUUUAACCCCGACCACUUUGGCACGGGCGUCCUGCUGGCCACCGCCUUUGUUCAUCUAUUGCCAACGGCAUUCCUCUCGUUGACCGACCCAUGUCUUCCAUCCUUUUUCAACGAGGGCUUCCCACCCAUGGCCGGCUUCGUUGCCAUGGUCGCUGCCCUGACCGUCGUCGCUCUCGAAUCCUACCUCGCAACCCGUGGGGCCGGCCACUCUCAUUCACACCACUAUGGCCAGUUUUGGGACGAAGAUGACGACACGACGCCUAUUGUACACAAGGAUGGUUUCCCAGCGAACGGAAAUACGGAUGGCCUUGCUGCCAGGCGAGAGGGAAGUCAUCGCCCUUCAGACAUGGCGUUUCACGACACGGAGGCCACAGACGGGCUCAUGGCCGGCGCAUCUCCUCUGCAAACCGGCGGCCCUGUGCAGCCGCCAGCAUCGGGGCCCAGCUUCAAGCUCGACAGGCCAGAAGAAGACGAAGAAGACUCGGAUAUUGACCUGGAUAUGCACGAGCUUGAUGCCGUGCCGAUGAAUGGACUGCGCUCCAGACGCAAGCCGCAAACACCCACUGCGCCUAAUACGCCACACGUCGUGACCCCCGAUGAACAAGCCCGGCUACUCCGCCAAUGUGUGAUGCUGGAGGGUGGCAUUUUAUUCCACAGCGUAUUCAUCGGCAUGGCAAUCUCAGUGGCAACAGGUUCAACGUUCAUCGUUUUCCUCAUUGCCAUUAGUUUCCAUCAGACUUUCGAGGGACUUGCUCUCGGCAGCCGUAUUGCCGCCAUUCAGCUUCCACGUCAAUCGGCGAGACCUUGGCUGAUGGUGCUUGCAUUCGGCGCCACGACACCCUUUGGACAACUGAUUGGCUUGGUGAUACACAAGAUGUAUGAUCCUAUGAGUCAGACCGGCCUCCUGAUGGUUGGCUUCAUGAACUCCAUAUCGGCUGGCCUACUGCUGUUCGCCGGUCUCGUACAGCUGCUGUCAGAGGACUUCCUCACAGAGAAGAGCUACCACACCCUCACGGGAAAGAAGAGAUGGAGGGCUUACGCGGCCGUGGUGGGCGGUGCGGCACUCAUGGCACUGGUCGGAGGCUUCGCGUAG